CUCACUCCACUUUGCAGCAAAGGCCCGCCGCAAAAGUCUCGCAGUCCCGAGCAACUCAUCAGCCUUCAAAGGCCCAGUAACCCCUAGGCGCGAUGGAGCGUGGGCAAGCGGCGCCGCCCGCAGGCACCGGCGACCCGCGCACAGCAGUGGAUCACUUCAAGCAGGCCAUCAAGGAGGCGGCCUCGGAGCCGGGCGCCACCAUCGGCGCCGCCACCGGGGCUGACGUGGCGGCCGGCCGGGGCGGUGCGGAGGAGACGGCGGAGGCGGGGGCCAACCGCGGGCCCCCCGGCGUGCCCCUGGCCCCCGCCCGACCCGGCGCCGACCCCACCACCCACAAGCUGUGGGUGGCGCCGGGGCCGGUGGCGGGGCAGGUGGAUGUGGUGGAGCAGGUGGACAUUCCCGCACCUGCCAACAACGAGGCGGCAGCAGAGGUGCUGAAGAAGGCGGUUGAGCCGCGCCCCGCCAUCGGCCGCCAACCGCUGCACGACCCCCUGGCCGAGCGCGGCAGCACCGGAGAGGAGGAGGGGGAGGCAGAGGGAGAGGAGGAGGGGGCAGGAGUGGAGGGGGAGACAGGAGGGGUGAAGGAGGGAGGAGUGGUGGGACGGCUGAGCGGCAGCCCGGCAGGCGCUGCGACCGCCAAAAUGGUGGACGCGCUCACCAACCUGGUCUCCGGCGGCCCCGCGGAUGAGCAGGUCGUCAUUGGCUCCUGCCCCCCGCCCGAGCAGCACGGCGGAACCAUGGCGGCGGCGGGCAAGCAGGGGGCGGGCAAGCAGGGGGCGGGCGAGGAGGGGGCGGGCGAGGAGGAGGGGGGCGAGGAGGCCGAGGUCUCGGGCGGUGCGGUGGACGCGCUGAGUGCAGCCACGAGCGCCCUGCACCUGAGUGGCACUGGCGCUGGCGCUGGUGGCGGUGCUGGUGGUGGUGGUGGUGGCGGCAUGAAGCACGUGGCCGAGGCCGUGACGGGCCAGGUCAAGCAUGCGGCCGAGGUCGCUAUCGACAAGGUCAAGCACGCCGCUGCCGCCGCGACCUCCGCCCUGCACCUGGGAGGCGGCGGCGGCGGCGGCGGCGGCGGCGGCGGGCAGCAGCCACACGCCACAACGUCCGCGGCGGCGGACAAGGUCCAUGCGGCGGCGGCCGCCGCCGGCGGCGCCGUGCAGGCCUCCACGCAGCGCCUGGCGGCGGCGGCGCGCGGCGCCGCCGCCGCCGUCAGCGACACCGCCGCCGCCGCCACUGACCAAGCAGCGGCACUGGUGGGCGUCGCCAAGGCGGCGGUCGCUGGCGAGCGCCGCGGCGGCGGCGAGGGCGUCGACGAGGGCGGCGGCGGCGUGCGGUCGCUUCUGCCGCAGAUGGUUCCCAGUGACGUCAUCGGCGCCGAUCAAACGGUGGGCGACAUGAGCAGCACCGUAGUACCGAGCGAUCUAAUGCUAAGCUGCUAAUACGGUAGCGGUAUUGCCAGUUUUGGGUUAGAGCAGGGGCAAGCUAUGACACUCUCUUCUGACACCGUGCGCAUUCGCCUUUCCAAAGCAACUUCGGUCAAUGACACAUAGACGUGCUGACCAUGGAGGACGACUGCUGUGGAGGAAAUGGCAGCGCGCUUUAUUGAUGCGUCGGACUAAUAUUGCUGGGGGCGUAGUUGGACUGAUACGAGGCAGGAGGGCGUAGGUACGGUUGAUGCUGGAUGCGCGGGCAAGUUGUAGGUUGUACGCACGCCGCAAAGGGGUCGGUAAUGGUUCUGGUGCAGGCCGGUGCACGUUCUCUGCCGGUGUGGCCGGUGUGGCGAGUCGCAGGCACGUUUUUGAUGGGGCCGAUUGGG